GUCAUCUACUGCAACUUCCUUAGCAUUAAACAGAAUUCUUAAACAAAGUCUUACAAAACUUAGUUUUAAAUACACAUCUGACCUGCAGUAAAGUAUAAUGUGUCCUUAGGUUUACUGAGAUUGGUUUUCUGAUUUACCAGCACCCUUUCACUACACCAUAGGAACAGUCUGUCCAAAAAUAAUGUCCUAUCGAAAUCUUCCAUCAGUAAUACACGACACACAUGAGGCAAACACGGAACAGGUAAAGGAGUGCCUCCAGUCCCAGCUACACACAGACCAGGUGGAUGAGGCGUCAUCGGAGUGCUUCAAAGCCAACGGAAAAUGGAGCUUACAACUGCAGAGACACCCUCAAAGUGACAUGUGGAGACUGGGCUGGACUCUGAACCCAGAAGCUGGGAUGCUGCAUAUGAGAGAGAACUGCAAACUUUUAAAGACAUUGGAGAUGCUGGGGAAAUUUGCCCUUGUUUUUCACAGGUUUGGAGAAGAAAGUAUGGUUCGCAUAAUCAGAUGGUUGGAAAAACAAAAGGUUCCCCUUGACUGCUCUGUGCUUGACAUUGGGACUGGAAAUGGUGUUUUACUGAUCGAAUUGGCAAAGUAUGGCUACACUGAUCUCACAGGGAUUGAUUACUCUCCUUCUGCAAUACAACUUUCAGAAAAAGUAAGAGAGAAGGAAGGGAUGUCUAACAUUAAAUUGAAGGUAGAAGACUUUCUCGCUCCAUCAGCUGAACUGUCAAGAUUUGAGAUCUGUAUUGACAAGGGGACUUUUGAUGCCAUAAGCCUUAAUCCUGAUAAUGCGGUGGGGAAGAGGAAGCAGUACGUGAAAUCUCUCUGCAGUGUAUUGGAACCAGAGGGCUUUUUCCUCAUAACGUCUUGCAACUGGACCAAGGAGGAGCUGUUGGAUGAGUUCAGAGAAGGAUUUGAGAUUCUGGAGGAGCUGCCAACACCCAAGUUUUGCUUUGGAGGAAGAAUUGGCAACAGUGUAACAACAUUGGUUUUCCAAAGGAAAAAAGUGAGGCCAUCCAAAUUAGAUUAGUUGAGAAAAGUCUGAACUUUAAACCUGACAGAAAACCUCAGACACGUGUGUAAAUAAAUGCUCUUUGAGUGCACAGUAAAAUACUAUGUAUGGAACUCUAAGGCACUAUCAAACAUCACGGUAGAAACAGUCCAGCUUUGCAUAACUUGCCCGUAAAUUUUGUCCUUGCUACAACCUCACUUGUUUUAGAGAAGCUGCAGGUUUGUAAGGGAGAGAGAAAUAAGGCAUUCUAAAUAUGGAGACUAAUAUAACUGGCUUAUGCAAUGUAAGUGGUGGAUCUUUUAUUUUUUCCUUAGGUACAUGAAUGUACAUGGAGAAUGCCUUUUAGUACAUAAGCCCUAACAAGCAGCACCUCCACCAGCAUCUGUGUUUGGUGCAGCUCAGACAGCCGAUACCUGACUCCUGUUAUUAUCAAGCAAACUGCAUUUAGGGAUUCUUUUAUGAGGUAUUUACUGGGAGAGGCCAUUGUAUUUUUUGUGAGGCUUGUACUGCUGAAGGGGCUUGCAGCAUUUUAACUUGGGUUUUCAUGGGCUGUAUCAGGGAAGUGACCUGUCAGGAUGAAAUAUCUGAAAGAGGAGACCAAGUGAAAUCAAUGGAAUAAGCAUAGCUUUGAGAUGUCAUAUCUAGGGGAGUUUCUACACAUGGCACUCUGCUAGAAUGUAGGGUAAAUAGGUUCUCAAGGCAAAAGACCUUUCUGCUUUCAGCAUCACAGUACUUUCUUGAAGUAAAUAAUUCUGUAAUCAUAUUUAUGUAAAUGAAAGAGUGAGAAAUGCCAGACAUUAAAAUCAUGACACAACUGACUGAAAAGAGAAAACUGAGAGGGAAGGACAAUGUUCCUUUACUCCUUGGCCUCCCUUUUGGUGACUAGCUUGUUAUUUAUAAGAAAGUAUGGUCAUUAAGGAAAAGGAAUAGUCAACUGCAGUGCUGUCUGUAAGCUGGUUUUUAAAUGUUAAUUUUUUUGGAAGGCUUAGAAGAUACGGAAUUAAUAUUCUGUUCUUGAAAUUCCAUAUAAUUCUGUGGUCUAAAAUGAAGAAUUUCUAGGAGCUACAGCUUUUUUUUGAAGAGCUGUUGGGUUACAUCAGAAACACUAACAGAAUUAUGGCAGCGGCUCUUUAGCCAGGGCCAGCAGUGAUGAAACGUGUAAUUACAAGUUUUCUGUCCCAUCAGGAGAGUAUUUCUUCAAAUCAUUAGUGAGAGCAUCGGGUGGAAGUAACUAUUUGCAUUAUGGGCCCACCCUCCCUAUUUCAAAAGCAGUCUUGCAGCACCAUUUCUGAAAACCAGGAGUGGCAGGCUGCCUUACUUGUAUCAUAGGUUCUGGCGUAUUUGAUAGCUAUAGAAAAGGAGAAUCUCGGCUUUCUGUUUUUUGGGGUUUUUUUUCAUUUUUUCAAAAUAGUUUUAAAAAGGAGCUUUUGGAAGUUGAGUUUUCAAUCCUGCCAUUGCUAUGUACAGGACAGCUGGUUAUACCUAAGCUAAGAAGUGCGUCCCCCACCAUAUAGGUCUCAGGUUCAAGUCUCAAGAAAGCAAAUAAAGCGUGCAAUAAACAGUGCUCCAGGGAGUCUGCCCUGCACCUUCCAUGCAAAAAGGUGUUUCAAAGACUGACCAGAGGAUACCAAUAUGGAAGCUGUACCUGUGUCUCAGGAUUGCUGUCCAAAACCAGAGUGUUCUCAGAGGUUGGGCUGACAUCUUCAGAGGGCUUGCAUUAUCCUGGUGUUUAGGUGAUUACAAAGAUUCCUGUCUGAGGAAUCUUUUGUCCGUGGCUAGAAAUGGAGAUGUUCUCUUAUGUAUUUUGUAUCCAAAUUACUUCAGUUUUGCACGGGUUUCUGGUGCAGGCUAUGACAUCUGUGGGACCAGAGGCCUGAGUAGGCAAAUGAGGCAAUGAAGUGAAACUGCUUACUUAGAGCAACUGGACUUUAUGUAUGGGCAUACAAGGUGAAACCACAUGUGCAAGUUAGAUGGUACCUGUGAAGCUAUGAAGCUGGGCCAACACUGAUCUUGGCAAUUUUUACAUAAGAACGAGUUCUUGAAUAGCAUUUCUGGUAUGUUAGGCACAGUGAGCUUUUCUUCAUUGCUGACACUGGCUUCCAUGUAUUUCCAUGUUCCAGGAAUGCACUGGCGGCACUGUAGCCAUUGUAAGGAAAAUCUGUGUAUAUAUACUCUGCUAUGUCGAUUCUACUGUGUUCCAAGGUGCCUGGUAAAAGACUGCCAAAAUUCAUGUUAUUUCAUACCAGACAGAAUCUUAAAGUAUGGUAUUUAGCAGCAUACAGCAAAAUUUUCAGUGUUUUGGCACUCAGAUUGCUUUCCCAAUCUUGGCAUGCUGAAAGGUAAAGAACAUGAUUUGCUACAAUAACUGCUUUAUUUUAUAGGCCCUCUAAGCAUUUUAACAUAUCAAAGCAUCUCCUGUAAAAUAUGUAGAGAGCACAUAGGAAAUAAAUGGGCCAGGGCUUUGCACGGCUGUAAGGAGACCUGCCUUUGCAUUCCCGUUGCUCACCGUCUUUCCUGGGGUAAGAGAAGAGAAACGCUGUGCUGCGCAGCAUUACCUGCACCUUGGCAGAAGGGGUGUACAGAUGCUUGUGAAGAGGACAGCUGUUGUAUGCCUUGGCGGGAAGUACGAUGCGCAUGACCUAACCCUUGUGGGUAGCAGCUAAAGUGAGGAACAGUUAACGGAUACCUAAUGCUUCCUGUGAGAGGGAUGAGGUCUUCUAACCUCAAGACCAAGGAUGAAAAGGAACACUGGCAUGUUUUAUUUGACACAAAUAAGGGAAAAGCCAAUGUGGUAGGUAACAGUAUAGCUCAAAAUGAGCCCAUUUCUAGGUUACUGGAAAUUAAACUGAGUGCUGUCAGGCAAACAAAUGAUGUAGCCGCAAGGUAGCAUGUAAAUUCUGGAUUUAUUUUAUCCAUUGACUGUUUCCAUUGCACCUAGUCUGGGGCAGCCCAAGGCAGGCAGGAAGGCAGCGAGUGAAGCAGGGAGCUGAAACACAAAGCUGUUGCAUGCGCACAGCAAACUACCUGUGAAACAGAAGAAGGAUUUUCAGGUUUGGUGCAAAUCCCAUCAUAUGCCAAAUGUACACAGUCCUCAUUACAGUCCUCUCUGCACAGCAAGACUUCACUUGUUCAGGGUGUCAGGUCUCCUCGAUUCAGAUACUCUCUGACCUAGAACACCUCUAUCAUAUUACAGUGACAUGGUUGUUCUCUGGGCAUGAAAUAUUUGUUAAAAAUACUUCUCAUUGUUAUUUAGAUUCUGUGAAUUUCAUGAUUUCCCCUGAAAUGAGAGUAUGGCUUCUGAAACCAGUCUCCAUUUUGUGCUAUUGGAGACCUUCAAUGGAGCCAAGAUGUCCCUGUGAGUACAUGGUCGCCAGCACAGCUGGCUUGGGUCAUUGGCCUGUGACUGGGAUGCUCUGAGUCUCUGCUUGGCCUUGGGUGAGUCCCUUACUGGUGCUCCUUACCUGGUAGGAGAAACAAGGAUAAACCCAUGAAUAACUGGGAUUGCCCAGGUGCUCAGAACAGCACAGAGUUGUAGGUCAUCAUGAAAAGGACGCUUAUGAAAUUGUUAGCAACCAUGGUGCACAUGACUCGAAUAGCAACAAACUGGAGUAGAUAGUGAAGCACUAGGAGGGCUACACGGAAAGCAGAUUGUAGCUGAGCAACCAAAUCCUGUGCAGUGGAAGUGAAUGAAACUGCGUCUGCCCACAGGGCUUAGCACUGUUACAGCUGAAUAUCAUAAUGAUUUGGAUACCAGUAUAAUUUCAGAAGGAUCCUGGGGUUCGUUAGCUUUUUUCCUACCCAGUUUCCAUCUCUGUAAGGAAGGUUUCUAGUCAGUGGGUAGCAAAGGCGCUGACAUCCAAGACAAAAACACAAAUUAGCUCAGCAUUCAACUGAAUUUUCUGACCACAGUGACUCAACUCUCAUGCCCAGCUCUUUAAAGCUUGAAAGUGAUUUCUGUCUUUUCCCCUUCCAGCAAAGAU